AAGGCACACAGAUAAUUCUUCCAUCCUAAAUUAAAACUGGUUUUUUUUUUUUGGGCCUUUCUGUGCUCAAAUUUUUCACUUAUUUGUUGAAAAGGGAGAUCCAGAAGGUCAAACCUUCUCAGGGGUGAGUGUGAAAUUGAAGACAUCCCAAUUUCGGCCUUUGAUGCUACAGGAAGCAUCUGCCUUUUCACGGCCUUUGGAGAUCUCCGCUCGAUAUCUCUCUACCCAGGAAAUGCAGAUCCGCCCAGAUCCGAGCUCGUCGAAUCCACGCCCGCCUCGCUCUAGCCUGAGGGAUUCGAGGCAUACCCAGAAGGAAAGAUCCCUCCUUUUCGCCUCGGUCGGAUCGGGAAGCGCGAUCGGAAAGAUGGGUCCGUCGUCCCCGGUCGGGAUUCGCGCCGUCUCUCUCGGUCUCUUGGUCCUGGGAGCGCUCGCCCUCCUGGCCGUCGCGCCGACCGCUUAUUCCCAGGAUUCUCUUGCUGGUGGGACCGAGAGGGAAGAUGAUGGCGACUGGAUUGUCAGGGAUCUGGGUCGACGCAGCAAGAUUAUCCUCAACAAGCUGGGUAAUGGUGCUGCUGAGGAUGGCAGCUCUGUGGGGAUAAAUAUUAGUUUGGAUGGUCCUGGUCUUGGGGUUUUUGAUGCAUUCUUUACGAGUCUGUCAAUGAUCCUCGUCAGUGAGAUUGGAGAUGAGACCUUUAUAAUAGCAGCUCUUAUGGCUAUGCGUCACCCAAAGUCAAUCGUGUUAUCUGGCGCCCUCACGGCAUUGAUUGUAAUGACGGUGCUUUCCACUGGACUUGGAAGAAUUGUCCCUAAUUUGAUAUCGAGGAAGCACACAAAUAGUGCAGCCACAGUUCUCUAUUUAUUUUUUGGGUUCCGGUUACUUUAUAUAGCAUGGAGGUCGGAUUCAAAGUCAUCUCAAAAGAAAGAAAUGGAGGAGGUAGAAGAGAAACUAGAGGGUGGACAAGGAAAGACAUCCUUCCGCCGCUUCUUUUCACGAUUUUGUACGCCCAUCUUUCUAGAGUCCUUUAUUUUGACCUUUUUAGCAGAAUGGGGAGAUCGUAGCCAAAUUGCUACAAUCGCUCUGGCAACACAUAAGAAUGCCGUUGGAGUGGCCGUCGGGGCGACAAUAGGACACACCAUAUGUACAUCGAUUGCAGUGGUGGGUGGAAGCAUGUUGGCAUCCAAGAUCUCGCAGCGGACAGUUGCGACCGUUGGUGGCCUCCUCUUUCUCUGUUUCUCCUUGUCUUCUUAUUUUUACCCUCCCUUGUAGGUGAUUCUGUAGGCUAACAUGAUUCUUUACAAGCUCUGAAAAACCCUUCCUUCUACAUUUUCUCUACGAAAGUUGAUAUCAACUGGUGAUAACCAGACCUUUUCAGUAUUCUUUUGUAAAAUGUCAAGCGCGUGUUAAAUGUCUUCUGGCUUUUGUUCUCCUUCUUUCUCUAUCUGGAAUGUACCUUCUGCGGCUUAUCAA